CCGUAUACUUCAUAACACUACUUUAGGGGCAACGGAAGUCAGACAGCAGCUGGCGAAACCACGGAUUGUCAGCAGAACUUCAACAACAGAUCUUCAUCCACUCUCUCCUCCAUCAUCGUUUCUGCUCCUGCUCCUCAGAAGCUAUGCCUUUUCUGCUGACACUGCUGGGAGCUCUGCUCUGCUCCCUGACGGUGUCUUCUGAGGUCGUACCCCAGGCAGACUUCAAUUUACAGGGGAUGGCAGGGAAGUGGUACCUGAUUGGAUUUGCCACUAAUGCCCAGUGGUUUGUCAACCGCAGAGCCAGCAUGAAGUUGGGCACCGCCAUGUUGACCCCAACUGCUGAUGGGGACCUGGACAUAUCCUACUCUAGUCUCAGCGCUGACGGCUCUUGUUGGAGACUGAACAACCUGGCUAAGAAGGCUGAUGUGCCUGGAAGGUUCACGUACACAAGCUGGGGGAAAGUGAACGACCUGUGCAUGGUGGAGGUGAAGUAUGACGAGUACGCCCUGAUUCACACCAUGAAGAGCAAGGGGAGCAAUCCCACCGUUGUCAACAAACUAUAUGGCCGUGCCAUGGACCUCAGUGCGGAUCUGCUGGAAAACUUCAGGCAGUUCUCCUUGGAGACCGGUGUCCUGCCUGAAAAUAUUGCUUUCCUUCCCAAAAAUGCGGAGUGCCCAGCUGCUUAGUGUUCUGCACCAGUUUGAUGAAUAUUUUUUACAUCAAUCAAGAUCAUCGCCAUGAAGUCAGCUCAGUUUAUCUUCUCUGCUCUCUCGGAUGUUGUAUGAAUAAAAGUUUCCAAGGCAACAAAACAUGAUGUAAAGCCUGGUUUCAAUAGGCAAUACUUUUCCUUUGAAGAAUCCCUUCGGACAUGUUUUGAGACAUUAAAAUGUUUUGAGACAUUAAA